AUGUAUCAUUUAACUUUGAUGACAAUUUGCUGUCUGCUCAUUUGUUGCUGCGUGGAAGCUGCUUUUAAGGACUUUGUUAUAGGAGCCGAAUCAAAAGAGCGUGUGAAUCAAAAUGACUUAUCUUUUGGCUGUGAAGCGGAAGAGGAGCAGGAGCAGCAACUCAUGGAUUUGCAGGAUAUGAUGCAGGAAGGCAUUGGAGAUACCCAGCAAUUGCUCAGCGUGUUGCUGCAACAUGCCCAACGUCUGGGACUCUGUCUAGAGCAAUUUGCACAAUUGCAUUCUAUGGAGCAUGCUGAUCCCUUCGAUGCGGAAGUUGGCUGCAGUGCAGCAGAGUCGCUCAGCUACGGCGAGCAGCCUAGUUGGUAUGAUGUGUUCUUCAACUGA